AUGUCUUCUGCUUCUCGACUACUUGUACGCUCUGCAAGAAUUGUCCUGCCUAGAACCCAAUUUACGGCUCGCAUCUCAACACCUGCCAAAAUCACUACCCCUCGAUAUUUCUCGACAACACAUAUCUUCCAAAUGCCGGACCAACUCAAGGCUAGCGAGGUCAACUCCAAGACCGAUCCCUCGGUCGCGAAGCAGUAUGACGACGAGACGCCCAAGGACCAGCAGAUCAAACAAUUCUUUGAAAUGGUAGAUGGCAAGAAGAUUUGCAUGCUCAACACAUACCGCAAUGGUGUCGGCCCUGUUGGUCGUUCCAUGGCUCUCGCCCGCCGCGACGGUCCCGACUUCCUGUUCCUCGCCAACGCACACUCGCAAAAGUUUAACGACCUGGACCAAAAUAAGGAGGUCCAGAUCUCCUUCCAAGACCUCAAGACUCAGGAAUGGGCUUCUAUCACCGGCACUGCCACAACAACAGACAACAGCGACCCUCGCAUCAAGGAGGUAUGGAGCCGCGGAGCUGCCGCAUGGUUUGGUGAUCUCGGCGACGGAAAGCACACUGGCGGGCCUGAGGAUCCUCGCAUGACGUUGAUUGAGAUAAAGAGCAAGUACGUAUCGUACUAUGUGACGGAAGUCGGCCUUUUGGGUUAUGCAAAGGAGAUUAUUGCUGCGAACGUUACAGGUGGGGUCGCAAAUACAGGCAAGCUUAGGGAGCUCAAGGAGGCGGAUUUGGAAAAGGCACGGUCCAUGUGCUUGGGAGUCUCAACUGUUCCGACGAAUACUCUCAAGUUUAGAACAGUUCACAGACCAAAUCAAGUCACUAUCAUGGGCAAGGAUCAUCCUGACGCAGACCUUCACCCCGAAGCAACGGGACUUGCGUCAGCCACAGUCAAAGCUCACGCUGCAGAAUGUCCGUUGAAAUUAUAUUCAGGGUGGUUUUGCCCUUUCGUGCAGCGCGUCUGGAUUGCACUAGAGGAGAAGGGCAUACAAUACCAGUACAUUGAAGUCAAUCCAUACCACAAGCCAAAGUCGCUACUGGAUCUCAACCCGCGCGGCUUAGUUCCCACGCUACAGUACCAAGACAAGCCACUCUAUGAGAGUACGGUUUUGUGUGAAUUCCUCGAAGAAGCUUACCCUCAACACACACCGCACCUCAUGCCUACAGAUGCGUAUGAGAGGGCCAGAACAAGGAUCUGGACGGACUAUGUAGGUAGUCGCAUCAUACCUGCCUACCACCGCUUCCUACAACAUCAAGGCGAUGGCUUGGAAGAGAAGCAAAAGGAUUUCCUCAAUCACCUCAAGGAGUUCACGCGCGAGAUGGAUGCCGAGGGCCCAUUCUUCUCGGGCAAGGACUUUCAGCUCAUCGAUAUAGUCAUUGCACCUUGGGCCAAUCGACUAUGGGUAUUUGAUCACUUCAAGGGUGGCUCAGGCAUUCCUGAUGAGGGCAAAGGUGGAGAGGACGAGGAGGUGUGGAAGCGAUUCAGGAAGUGGCUGUCUGCUGUUGAGAACAGGAGGAGUGUCAAGGAGACGCUGAGCGAGAGGCAGCAUUACUUGCCAAUCUACCAGCGAUAUGCGGAGGACCGCGCACAGUCUGAGGCGGCAAAGGCUAUCAGAGCUGGCCGGGGGAUUCCUUUAGGAAAGUCGUUCGGCCGUUUCUUAGGUGUUGUUGCCCGGUCCACCCCAUUGAUGCUAAACUCCCUUGAACGAGGAUCCCUCACAAUCUCGACCUCACCACCCGCCAACAUGUACGGAUACACGGCGGGCACACCCUGCCCGGCGCCCUAUUCCUCCACCAGCAGCUACUACAGCGGCUAUGGAAGCCACUACGCGCCCGCCUACUACGACGAGAACAACACGACGGCAAACCUCGAAUACACGACGGAGCUGAAGCCCGCUCGCCACGCAAAGCCGCGACGACCAAUGCGCAACACGCACAAGCCCGCCUUCAACCCGUCUCUCGACAUCUUCGAGGAUGUCGCACAGGAGGAGGCACAGCAACAAGCAGAGUUUGGCGUCAAGAGGAGGAGCCGCGCAAGCGUCGUUCCCGCGGCUGCCAGGACCAAGAAGAGCACCAUACUUGCGCACCCAGCACAGAGGAUACCCAAGCCUGUUGCGCCUGUCCAGGAGCCACACCACGAGAAGCCGCACCGAAGACGCGUCUCGCAGGUGCCCACCGAGAAACAUGCCUCAGACGCCAAUGCGACGGUGCAGUUGCAGGAACAUGUCUUGGAGAGGAAAGAACUCAAGAAGCAGGCCCCUAACAAGGACUUGCGACGGAGGACCAUUUACAUCCCAUCUGAUGACACGUCAGUCUUCACCAUCCACCCUGGACAGCCGACACAUGCGCCGCGCAACGUUCGAGAGACUUCGCCAGACAUCGGCCUAGAUCUGGUCACACUAUCCGAGGAAGAAGGAAACAAUCUGAUGCCAGCGUUGAAGAGGGACAAAAAGGCACCGCGCAAGUCUCUCGCUGCACCACCCAAGCGAGGUCCCUUGAGCACAACAUCGCGAUCGUCGCAGAGCUCAUCCUUUUCGAGCGACAUAGUGGGCUCAGGGGGCGGGAAAGAGAACAUGCCACCGGGAAUCGAGGCUGUCGAGAAGAAGAAGAUCGGAACGCAUAUCGAGAUAAACUUCACAAAGGCAGACGCGAAGAAACCCGUCGCCAAGGCCCCCAAGGUCCACUUCAGUGCUCCCAAAGAGCCCGAACGCACACUUCAUACUAAGAAACGGCCAGAGGGCUCGCAGAAGCGACCACGAUCACACGUGGCUCAAGACGACGUACCAGCAAAAGCGCUCAAGGCAAGAGCAGACGGCACUGCUUCCGCCGCAAGUAGCAGGGCAUCUCUGAGGACGACCAUCAAGACUGAACGAGCCAAACUGGCCAAGGCGAAGCGCGCGCCACUUUCCUCCUCGCCGUUCCACACCGACAAAUCUCCGCCUACAGCACUGCGCCGCCAGAAGACUGGGAGCGUAGCAAGCAGCAUCACCAUGCUACACGAAGUAGGCCAGCGACCACAAUCACAAGAGAAGUAUCCAGUACUACAGGAGGAUCUGGCACAGCCGGAGUUAUACGAAGACAACUGGCUUACCUACCAGGAAGUCGCCAUUACACAACUUCUGAACUCAGUCUUUGAUUCCGCGAGCAGAGACCCGACCGACGAACAGAGCCCUGAGGACAUGCGCAAGAAGAUGCUUGCCAUAUACCACGAUCCCGCGAUACCGUCGCUUCACAAGCGACUACAGGCCUCACUACAAUUUGGUGCGCUGAGCAUACCGAAGGAUCUCCUGGCUCAGACGCUCAGGCUCAAGGACGAUGUUGGCUUGCGCAAGAAGUUCCUCAGCCUAUGGACAAAGUCAUACGAUCUGAAUGCACUGCGUGCUGCAGCUGAGACUAUUGUCGGCCGCCAAAUUACAACGCCCUGUCGACUAUCCACAGGUUCAACGUGCUCAGAUGAUGGCUCCCGCCAGUAUCGCGCAGAGCGCCGGGCUAUCGAGAGCUUUCUGUCUGCCUUCCUGAUAAAAAAUGAGGAUGCUGUUCGCGUCAAAUCCGGAGGUGGCAGCAUUGCUAGCCUUACACGCAGCGAUGAUGACUUUGGUUCUCAAGGCUGGUCAUGGCGCCGUACUGCUUUACGAAGUCUGAUGCUAAUUCUGAUCCUCGACCAAGCCAAGACGACGGAUGCUCUAUCAGGCUGCCUGUUCCAGACGACGUCACCCUACAAAACAUCUGUCGAGGUCCUACAUCAGUUAUCAAAGAUGCUCCUCCCUUCACACGGCGACAUCACUCGACCGCUAAACCACCUCAAUUAUAAGGUCGAACAUGUCCAGUAUCCACUACAAGAGUACACCUACCAAAUUGACAAUAUCGCCAUUGACCUCCGUGAUGGAAUCGCACUUACUCGUCUUGUAGAGUUAUUGCUUUACCCGUCAACCACCCACACAACGCAACAAGAGGAUACCGUCACUCUCAGUUUGCCCACCGGCGAGCUUCUUAAUAGCUCCCUCGAUUCUUCACAGAAAGGAAUUUGGGUUCUCUCCCAGCACCUCAAGUACCCAGCCAUUGGCCGUCCCCAAAAGGUCUACAAUGUCCAGAUUGCCCUAGCUGCAUUGAGUCAUGUCACAGGCAUGCCCAGCGCAGCAGUCAGUGGCAUCAAAGCCGAAGAUAUUGUCGACGGACACCGCGAGAAGACACUCUCGCUUCUUUGGUCACUUGUCGGCAAGUGUGGUCUUGGAAGCCUUGUUGACUGGCCGCAGCUUGUCAAAGAGACAGAGCGUUUCCGAAACCAGUGGUACAGGGCCCGGGGUAGCUAUGAGGGACAAGUCCUUGAUUCCGACAAUGAAGAAGACGGUGCCACUGAGCUGGAUGGCAUGGCAUAUCAUAAGCGUCUUCUGCUUUCAUGGUCACGCUCCGUUGUUCGGCUUCAUGGCCUACGCGUUGCAAACCUGACCACAAGUUUUGCAGAUCCAAAGGUUCUAGAGGCCAUCGUUGAUACCUACUUGCCGUCGAAUCUGACCAUUUCCACCGAAGGAAAUGAGCGACUCGGAUUAGCAACAAAACUCAAGGCUGUCGGCUGCUCAGCUUCAUUCAUUGCGCUUUUCACUCCACAACACAGCACAGCUCGUUCAAUCCCAAGCAGAGACUUUACCCUCCUUACUCUAUCUUUCCUGGCAAGUCGACUGUUGCCGCUUGCACGCACACACCGCGCAGCUUCUACUAUUCAAUCCACUUUCCGCCGUUUCUUAGUCCGCCGUCAGGUCAGCACUCGCAUACAAGCAAUGAAGAUAGCGCACAACUGCGCAGUAGUGGCGCAAGCUCGGCAGAAGAUGGUCGAUGCUGCCAUUGUGAUUCAGAGACGUUGGAAGGCGAUCCAAGAUGCCCGCAACAAGCAACUUGAAAGUGACGUUUUGGCUUUCCAGGCCUUGGCCAGGGGUUGGGCAAUCAGGCGAUGGGUCCGACGUAUCACCGCUGGUCGAGUCGGUGGAAAGGAGAAAGUCAGGAGGGUCAGGGGUGGAUGGUAG